AUGAAUGUUCAGCUUCAAAAAGGAGCACCUCCAGGCUCUCUAUUCGCAUGCCAUCCAUCCGGAUGGAUCCAAACACAUUUGUUCACAGAAUGGUUUCACCACUUUCUUACUAAAGUGAAACCAUCAAGGGAUGAACCGGCUCUUCUAAUUUUAGAUGGGCAUAACACACACACUCGAAAUUUAGAGUUCUUGCGCUUAGCAAAGCAGAAUGGGGUAACCAUAAUAUGUCUGCCUCCUCAUACCACCCAUAAACUGCAGCCAUUAGACAAACGUGUUAUGGGUGCACUCAAGGCCCAUUACAAUGAGGAGGUUCGUGUAUUCAAGCGAACCUAUAAACGUCCCAUCACACAGUAUGAUAUCACAGAAAUCUUCGGCAGGGCCUACCUUAAGAUACAGUGUGGUUCCAAUGCUGUUAAAGGAUUCGAGACGACAGGGCUAUAUCCGGUCCGCAGGAAUAAUUUCGACGAAUCUGAUUUUCUGAAAGCUGCACAAGAAGGCUCUGAUGAUGAAUCUACCGCUGCAGUACCUGAACAAUCUGAGACUAACACGGCAACAAAUCCCACAGUAAUUGAGCAACUGUACGGUAGACCGAAUACCCCAGCGGUAGAAACGCACGUGACCCCACAUGACAUUUUACCACUUCCCAAAUUGCAACAAAAAAAAGGGACACGAGGAAGGAAACCCGGUCAGGCCAAAAUUAUCACGUCUUCUCCCUAUCUUAAAGAAUUGGAGACAUCAUUGAACGUUUCUAAGGAAAAAGUUGAAGCAGUCAAACGAAAACUUGGGGCCCCCAAAAAAUCAAGGAAAGUUCAACCAUGCCCUCAACGUGAAACCGAAAGUAUCCUAACUCAGCCAAGCACAAGCGGGCUGCAUUUAGUGGCCUCCAAACAGAAGGCGAGGAAUAAGAGAAGGUCAUCAAGUUCUACUUCUUCAGAAAAAUCUGAAGCACUGCAUUAUCAAGAUUCCUCCGGUGAUGAACUGACUCAAGAAACUACAGUAGAUCCUGACGAGGAUGCCAUAUGCGGAUAUUGUGAUGGGAAAUUUUCUGAAGACCAAAGGGGCGAAAUUUGGAUACAAUGCAUAUUGUGCCUUCAGUGGUUCCACGAACAGUGUUCUGGGCAUACCGAAGCAAAUUUGUGUGCGAUUUUUGCAAGUAAAAUCGCUUCUGUUCCAGUGUAA